AAUAUGAAUGAUUAUUAUAAUAUGCUUUCUGAUCUCUAUUCAAGUAGAAAGUUAAAAGGAAAUAACUGAAUAAACCAAUAUAUAUUUUUAAUGAAUUUGAAAAGAUAUACUUAGAAAUAAUAACAAAAACAAAUAGUUUAUAUAUGAAACAUGGAGACUUUUUGUAGAGGAUGUCUAUCGAAAUAUGACCCGAUUGAGUUAAUACAAUACAAUGAAAAAAAUAGAAGGUUAUUUGUAUACUGUACAGGUUUACAGGUCAAACGGAAUGACACUUUUAUAUUCCAACUUUGUAAAGAUUGUUGUAUAAACAUGAAGGCAGCGUGUAAUUUCAAAAAGAAUUGUCGAAACUCAGAUAAAAAGCUCAAAAGUUACAUAGAACUAAAGGAAUCUGGUGAAAACAUAGAAUUUUGCACAUUUCUCAAGAACACUGAUGAUACCAUAAAAAUAAGGCUUCCAAUGAAUAUUGGAAACAGCACACCAAUCAAUCAGAAGAUCCGGGAUGAGGACAAUGAGUCAACAUGUACAAGCAUACAAAACUUUAUGACGGACAUUCUUCAGGCUGAAGAAAUUCCCGACAGCGAGGCACGCAUCAUCAGGGAAGUGAUAGAGGAAGAAGCAGAUAUCUUGGAAGAUUCUCUCGAUUCCCAUUGGUUGCAGGAUGAUGUAUCAGUUGAUAGUGAUUAUAGAUUGGACUUUAGUUUCAGUCCUUUUUCUACACCUCGUUCAGCUAUAAAUGAGAAUCAAUUUAGUCCAAUUAAAUUGGCUAACCAACUAAAAGAUAAAGAAACAGAAAAACUUAAUUCAGAAUUAAUUAUUGAAAAUGUAGCAGAUAAUAAUGUAGAAAAUAUUUUUACAAGUAAACCAGCUAUCAAUUUGAGUGAUAAUGAUUUUAAAAAUGAGUUCAAUUUGAAUAUAGAACAAAAUAAAAAAUGUGUAAUAGACGUUAAUUUAGAAAAUGCAUUGAAAAACGACACAGCCCAGAAAGUCUUGUUGGAUGAACUGAUUUCUACUCCUCCCAUGAUUCCAAACAUAUCAGCACCCCCUACACCAGUGAUAAAAAAUAUUCUAUUUGGAGAUAAUAUAGGUCUUGAUAAUGAAAUAAUACAAAAAGAAAACUUUGAUUACCAACCACCUAUAAAGGAAUUAGAAGAAAUACAGCCAGAUAUUGAUGUGAUUGAUGAAUUUCUUAAUGUUAAUCAUUUGAAUUUAAAAGAAAAUACUAAAGAUAUUGAAUUCAAUGAUAGUUUAAUGGAUUUAGAUGAAGUUGAGAGUAUUGAUAGAUAUUUCAAUAAAGCUUUAGAUAAAGAAUCAAAUGACAAAGAUAUCAAAAGAUCUCCAUCACCUAUAGAAAAUAAAUAUUGCAUUACAAAUUUCUAUUGUAAAAUGUGCAAACGACAAUUUAAAAAUUUGUUAGCAUUAAAAGUACAUUGUACAAAAUAUCAUAAAUUUAAAAUAGAGAAACCAAAGACUAAACGGAUUCGAAAAAAAUAUAUUUGUGACUUCUGUGGACAACUAUUUGCAUCGUCCAAAUGUAUUGUGAAGCAUCUUGAAAGACAUCAGAAACCAAAAACAUAUGAAUGCAAGAAAUGUACAUUGACAUUUAAAACGGAGGCGGCAAUGAGAUUACAUGAAACCAGUCACACGGGAAUAAGAAUAAAGAGCAACAAUAGUAAUAAAAAAUAUGUUUGUAGCACUUGUGGAGCAGUGUGCAGUAGCUCUUCAAAUUACAACAUCCAUAAGAGACGGCACCUCAAUAAGUUUACAAUAUCUUGUGAACAGUGUGGGAAAGGCUUCUAUAGAACUUCCGAUUUGGCAAUCCAUAUGAGACAACAUACUGGAGAGCGACCGUAUGAAUGUAAAUAUUGCAACCGCAGAUUUACCCGGCAAGAUGUUCUAAGCAGGCAUAUGAAAUGUCAUACAGGCGAGAAACCUUUCACCUGUCAAUUCUGUGAUACGAAAUUCUGCAAAGCGUACGAUUUGAAGUUUCAUCAAAGUAAAUCCAAAGUAUGUAUCCAACGUCAGGUGCAAAUAAUGGAGGAUGAGAAGAACGAUAUCGUGGACGAAAUAAUCGUUACGAACGCUUUUGUAUUUUAAUUACAAUAUUUGUAAUCAAAAAGAAAAUGUGACAAUAAAUAUAAAUACAUUAUUGAAAAAACGUUUUACUUUUGAUUUAUCAAUUUAAUUUCUCUGUACAAAAUACAUUUCAUGUAUGUAAUAUCAGUAUCGAAGAACCUUUGUUUUGCUUUUAUU